AUGGAAGGAGGAAAUGAAACUUCACUGACUAAGAUUACUGAAUUUAUUUUCAUGGGUGUUACAGAUCAUCCAGAGCUACAAGUUCCUUUGUUUCUGGUCUUCCUUCUCAUCUACACUGUUACAGUGGUGGCAAACUUUGGCAUGGUCAUCCUAACUAAGAUUGAUUCUCGCCUGCACACACCCAUGUAUUUUUUCCUCAGGCACUUGGCACUCAUUGAUCUUGGUUACUCCACAGCCAUUGGACCAAAAAUGCUGGUCAAUUUUGUAGUGGAGAAAAAUAUAAUUUCAUACACUGGUUGUGCAAUACAAUUAUUUGUCUUUGUGACACUAAUCAUCAGUGAACUUUUUGUGCUGUCAGCCAUGGCCUAUGACCGUUAUGUGGCUAUUUGUAAGCCUCUGCUCUACACAGUCAUCAUGUCUGACAAAGUGUGCUGGAUCCUGGUGGCUAUCCCCUACAUCUAUAGCAUGUUUGUUUCCCUAACAAUUGCUAUCAAGAUUUUUAAUUCAUAUUUUUGUGGAUCUAAUGUAAUUAGACAUUUCUACUGUGACAACCUCCCAUUGUUGUCCAUGAUUUGUUCUAAUACUAGUGACAUAGAAUUAAUAAUUUUGUCCCUUUCUGCUCUUAAUCUAUUCUCCUCUCUUCUGGUUGUCCUUAUUUCAUAUGUGUUUAUUCUUGUGGCCAUCCUCAAAAUGAACUCUGCUGAGGGAAGGCGCAAAGCCUUCUCUACCUGUGGCUCUCAUCUCACAGUUUUAGUUGUAUUCUAUGGGACUCUCACCUUCAUGUACUUGCAACCCAAAUCUAGUCACUCCUUUGAUACAGACAAGAUGGCCUCCGUGUUUUAUACCUUGGUGAUUCCCAUGCUCAACCCUUUGAUUUACAGCUUGAGAAACACAGAAGUGAAAGCUGCCUUACAAAGAACCCUGAAAAAUAGACAAAAAUGUUUUAUUUAA